CUGCACCUAUCCCAGCAGUAGGGCUUGCACUUAUGUUCUAGUAUCCUUGUGCAUUCGGUUUUACCAAUCGCCCAAUUUAUAAAAGUUGCCGCGCAAGUGUUGACACGCGAGCAGAGUUGAGGCCCCUUUCGUUUUCGCGCCGGUGACACGAUGCAGUGCGCCCUGCAUGCAUCGCCCCGCGCGGGCGUGCAGGUGCGGUCGCGGACUUCUGCAGACCGCAUCCUCCCGGGGCCGGUGCUGCGGUCGCCGCUUGGGCCGCUGUCUAGCAGGGCCCCGUUCUCAACUUCGACUCUAAAGCACCAGCCUGAGCAGCCAUCGUCCCAGGUCGCUUGCCCCGCGUCAGUAGACUAUGGCUAUCCUUCUGCUCCGGAGCUGCCGCCUGAGCGCAUGGGCGAGGCUGCUCGUCGCGCGCUGUCUCGCGCGACCUCGGCCGUGCGCCGGUAUGGCUGGUUGAGCUUCUGGGCUCAGCUCACGCUGUCGGUGGUGGGAGGCGUCAUUCUGCUUUUCUCCGUCGCCUUCACUUCGCAGAGCGGCCCCAAGGCCUCGCUCUACCUCACGCUGUUCGGCAUCCUGGCCGGCUUCCUGUCCACCUUCUGGAACUUCGGCUACACGCGCACCGCGCUCAAGAUGCAGAGCUACCUGGACGCGGCGCCCGGGCAGGAGGUGCCCAAGAUCAAGAAGCAGCAGGUGGUGGACAUGGUGACACGCGGCAUCUUCAUCAACAUGAUGGGGCUGGCCUCCACACUGGCGGGCGUGCAGGCGCUGGUGGGCAUGCUGGUGGCCAAGACGCUGCAGAUCAGCUCCUACCCCUUCAUGGCCGCCGCCUCCAACAACUACAACCCCGUGGUGGCGCUGGACGUGUUCCUGGUGCAGGCCGCCACCAACACACUGCUGGGGCACUUUGUGAGCCUGGCGUGCUCGCUGUGGCUGCUGCAUGUGGUGGGCGAGGGCCAGGGGCUGCGGUUCCAGGCCACGGCCUCGGACCCGGCGGCGCCCGCCGUGAUCGGCAAGGGCAACGCCGGCGUGUACCGCGUUGACUUCGGCCGGGGCGCCGGCCGCGCGCGGAGCGGCGUGGAGGAGGAGGCUCCGCGCUUCAUGUCGCUAGAGUUGUUGAAGCAGCGCACGGAGGAUUCCAGGCUCCCCGACCUGCCCUCCUGGUCGCUUGAGGGAGACGGGGGCAGCGUGGAGCUGAAGACGAACGCGGGCGCGCCGCUGCGAGUGCCGCAGCGGGCGCCCGUGGGGAGAGAUCGCGGCAGCGGCGGCGGUGGUAGUGGAGGCGGUAGCGGCGGCGGCGGCGCGGCGCCGUGGCGAACGCCGCCGCGGCCACAGCCUGCUACUGCUGUGGCUGCCAGCAUGAGCAGCAGUAGCAGUAGCGGCGGGGGCAUUGGGCGAAUCUCGGCCAUGGCGGCGUUGCCUGGCGGCGGCGGUUUUAACCUCAACAUGGCGUCGUCAGCGUCGUCGUCGCCGGCAGCGCGGGCGAUGGCGGCGGACUGGGGGUCCGCCUCCGGCACGGCGGCGCUAGGAUACGCCAUGCCCAUGCCUAGCAGUAGCAGCGGCAGUAGCAGCGGCGGCUGGGGCGUGGGCGGCAGCAGCAGCAGCAGUAGCAGCGGCCCAAGCAGUAGCAGCGGCCGCAGCAAGUACCUGGUAGACACCAGCAGUAGCAGCACCAGGAGCUUCGACAGCAGGAGCAGCAGCGGCAGUAGCAGCAGUAGCAGCAGCUCCUCACGUAGCGGCGGCGGUGGCAGUAGCUCGGCGCUUGCGCUUUCCUGGUCGGAAGAGGCGCCGGGGUGGCGCGACAUCCCGCCGCCGCCGGCGCCGCGCCCCUCCCGCGUGCCCACUUCGCCGCCCACCCAGCCAGCCUGGCGCUCCUCCUCCAUCUCCUCUGCCUCCUCCUCCCGGACAGCCUCCUCCGCCUCCUCCUCGCUACCGCCGCCGCCGCUGCAGCCGGUGGUGGCGCCGGCGGUGCCUGGCGCCGACCCCGACUACCUCUCGCCCGCGCCCAUCGCCUUCCGCAACAGCGGCGCCGGGGCCUCCACCAGCGGCCGGCCGCCGCCCGACGCCGCAGGCCGGCUGCUGAUCCUGCCCAGCGUGUCCUCUCUCAGCUACCUGGACGGCACGCUGCCCGGCGACAUGGGCUUCGACCCGCUGGGCUUGUUCGACCCCACCAACGGCUCCGCCGGCUUCAUGUCGCAGCGCUGGCUGCACACGGCGGAGGUGGUGCACGGCCGCUGGGCCAUGCUGGGCGCCGCGGGCUGCCUGGCGCCCGAGUACCUGGCGCACGAGAAGGUCAUCCCCAAAGCCACGGGGUUGCUGUGGUUCAAGACCGGCUUCCUGCCGCCCGUGUCCGCCGGCUUCGACUACGGCCUGCCCGUCACCGCGCUCUUCCUCAUCCAGAUGGGCCUGAUGGGGACCGUGGAGAGCCUGCGCUGGGCCGAGCUGUCCAACCCAGGAAGCCUGGCGUCCAACCCGCUGGUGCCGCAGCCGCUGGCGCGGCUCAUAGGCACCACUCGCCUGGGCGGCGGCGCCUAUCCCGGCGGGCUGAUGUUCAACCCGCUGGGCUUGGGCGCGACGCGGCCGGCGGUGAUGCGGGAGUACCAGCAGUCGGAGAUCCGGCACGGGCGGCUGGCGAUGGUGGCGUGCCUGGGCUACGCGGCGCAGGCGGUGGUGACGGGCAAGGGCCCCUACACCAACUGGGUGGCGCACCUGGAGGACCCCGACAUCGAGAACGUGGUGGUGCUGCUGGACAAGCUGUUCGCGUGAGGGCGGGAGGAGGAGGAGGAGGAGGGGUUAGGGAGGUUCGGGCUGGGGUUUUGGCGGUUUGGGCCUCGGGCGGAGGCGGAUGGAGGGGUGGAAGAGGUGGGGCGAGGAGGCGGGGCGAGAAGGGCGGGGGCGCGUGCUGGCUGGCUUGUGCUUUCCUUGACCGAAGUCGCCCCACUGUCGGAGGUUUGAGGGUGUGGAAGACUGAUAGCUGAGCGAGCUGCUGCGAACUGAGAGCGAAUGUGUGCCUGCGUGUUUGGAUCUGCCUGCUGUUCGAGUGAGGAGGGAGUGCUGCUGUCGGGAGGCGUUGCGGGGUCGAGGGAGGCCCCCAGUGUGCCACGAACCCCACCGCUGCCGUGUGAGCUGCUAGCUGUGCUGUCGAGUGCUGGAUGCAGAUAGAGUUAGGUAACGGAAAGAAGAUUGGACGAGGAGUUGCAUGUGGGCGAGGUGGGACAGGUUGGGACGCAUGGGUUUUGCAACAUUGCCAGCAACGAUACAGGUUGAUGCGGGUGUUGUAUUGCGCAACUCUUGGUGCCGGCAAGAACUGAAUGUAUACCGCAUGUUUCGUGUAAGGACAUGUGCUG